UCCGAUGUAAUCUGUGUUUUUAUGUUCCCGUCGAUGCUGGGCUCGCUCCUCGAUCUCCCCUUCUUCCACAUUUCUCGGUGGACAUCGGGAUUCCUCCAAGAAAAACGAAUUUAAUCUGACUUUGUUCUGCUCCGCAGUUGAUUCGUCGAUCUAGGGUUUUCCUGGCACAUUGCUUAGUUCCACAUAGGAUUCCCGUCUGCGGGAUUUUCUGCGAGUUCUUGAGUUCGAGGGCUUCUUUUCUUGUUUUCUACAGAAGCGAAAAGGUCCCAAUUUGGGGAAAGUUGCGUUUUGAUCCGCGGGUGGAGAAUCAAGGAGAAGCGGAUCCAUAGAUGUUGACGGAGAGAAGCAGGAUGGGUUGUCAUCUGUUUGCAGAUGGUUCCUUGGAUGGCCACGGCGUCGGUAUUGCAAUGAUCUCUUCGCCGUUGCAUCCAUCUUCGUCUUCCUCCUCUCCAAGCUGCAUCCACCAUCGCGUCUCUAAGAUGGAUACUCUUGCUGGUCUUGCUAUCAAGUACGGUGUGGAGGUUUCAGACAUCAAGCGAAUAAAUGGACUUGUAACAGACCUUCAGAUGUUUGCUCAUAAGUCAUUGCAGAUCCCACAGCCAGGGAGGCAUCCACCGUCUCCUCUAUCUAAUGGUUCAACAGAGAAUAGGUGUAGAGAUUAUUGCACACCCCAUGAUCCUCAUAAUGAUGUGUUAGAACUGAUCCAGUCUUUCAAUUCAAAAGCUCCUCCGUGCAAUGUUUCUCCAGCCAUGAGCAGAUUACAAGGAUAUUAUGGUCUCACUCCCAUUAAAAGAAGAUCUGAAUUUGAAGACAUCUCAACCGAAGAACCACCAACUCCGAGUCAGCAUCUAAGCAAGCACAGGAAAUCUAGAAGUCUUAUGAAUUUAUUCUUAGAAGGUGAAGAAAAUAGUGAGGCUGAGAGAUCUUUUAGGCGUCGUCAAAAGUGUGAUCGAAGCCCAAUUUUCCAUCACUCAGAAGCGUCCUCGAGAGGAAAAGGAAAUGUUGGAGUCCCAGAGAGGAUAGGAAAAGGCAUAGCACCAAGGCCAAAGGCAGGAAGCAGGACUGAGAUCGACAUGGCUCGUUCAGGUGCUGUCACUCCUGGCAGUGACAGUGUCAAAACUGAACAGCAUUUGUCUUUGAGGAAAUCAUCCAGCACAUCAUGCUUGCUCUUGGAGGAUUUUGAUAAUAGUUCUUCGAUGUGGCUGGCGAGCAGCUGGAUUUUGAAUACAGAUAUCCUUGUUAAGCCAAUAAUUGAUGGGCUCCCCAAGUCCAUAAUCGUGAGGAGGAACAAGACUGCUCUGGAUUAGGCACCCCUCUAAGGAAUUGUUGUAUCAGCAACUCGAUAUAUACAAGUACGCACGUACUUAACAUUGAUUAAGAAAAAGCUCCUUGUGGUGUAGAAGGUUUCUAUGCGAAUCCCGAUAAAUGAUAAGUUGUUGGGUUGUGAUUGGAGUUGGUUUUCCAAUUGUACUUCUUCUAA